UUAAUGAGGCAAGAGGCCCGAGCCUCCGGGGAAGGGGGCUACUCCCGCCCUGCUGGGAGGAGGGGGUCACAGGGGGCCAGAACGACUCCAGGGAGCCUCCCUCCUCAUGGAGGGAGCCGCUGGGGCCCAGAGUGGCCCCCAUCCAUUGCCAGGAGCAGAGAGGGGGGUCCCUGCCACUCCAGGCCCCAAGCGGGCGUGCGCGGGGUGGAGCGGCCCCUGGAGGCCAGCAAGGGCGGCGGGAGGAGCCGAGGAGCCGCCCCAGGAAGAGGGAGGGAGGAAGCGGCCUGCCGGAGAGCCAGGGCGCAGUGGGCAGCAGGGCUGAGCGGCCGGUGAUGGGGACCCCGCAUCCCAGGCAGUGCUGGGUAAGCGGGUUGCACGUGAGGGUGUCUGGCUGGGGAGGAGGAGGGCAUGAAGGGUUGGGGCCAUGGCCACCUGUCUGUCCAUCCUGUGUCCCUGAGCUCUUCCCCCCAAUCUGUGUGUCCCUGUCUUAUCGUCUGUCCAUCCUCCCUUCCCAUCUGGCCUGGUGGACGGUUCCGCCCUUUCCACCCUCACCACCAGGAUAUCAAAGAGUGGAUGGUCAUGGCCUCUGGGGGCAGGGACAUGGAGUGGAACCGUGGGCAGCCAGGGUGAGGCAGAGGUGAUCGCGGUGGGGCGUGGAGAGAGACCGCAGUGGAUCAGAGGCAGGUCCAUGGGGCAGGGGUAGAGAUGCGUCCAUGGUACAGAUGUAGCUGUGCCAUGUGGGGUCGGAGAUGGGUCCAUGGGGGACAGGGACAUGGCCGUGGGGAGAGAUGUGCCCAUGGUGGUAGAGAUGGGGCUGGGGAAUCUCGAGGAUGGGACUGGAGUAAAGCUGACAUGGGGAAAGUCAGCACUCCCGGCGCCUGACAUGAGCCCUUGCGGGCCCCUCAACUUGAGCCUGGCGGGCGAGGCGACCACAUGCGCGGCGCCCUGGGUCCCCAACGCGUCGGCCGUGCCGCCGUCGGGCGCUUCGCCUGCGCUGCCCAUCUUCUCCAUGACGCUGGGCGCCGUGUCCAACCUGCUGGCGCUGGCGCUGCUGGCGCAGGCCGCGGGCCGCCUGCGACGCCGCCGCUCGGCCGCCACCUUCCUGCUGUUCGUGGCCAGCCUGCUGGCCACCGACCUGGCAGGCCACGUGAUCCCGGGCGCGCUAGUGCUGCGCCUGUACACUGCGGGGCGCGCUCCGGCCGGCGGGGCCUGCCACUUCCUGGGCGGCUGCAUGGUUUUCUUCGGCCUGUGCCCGCUGCUGCUGGGCUGCGGCAUGGCGGUGGAGCGCUGCGUGGGCGUCACGCGGCCGCUGCUCCACGCCGCUCGGGUCUCGGUCUCCCGCGCGCGCCUGGCGCUGGCCGCGGUAGCUGCGGUGGCCUUAGCCGUCGCGCUGCUACCGCUGGCGCGCGUGGGCCGCUACGAGCUGCAGUACCCGGGCACGUGGUGCUUCAUCGGCCUGGGUCCCUCGGGCGGCUGGCGCCAGGCACUGCUCGCCGGCCUCUUCGCCGGCCUCGGCCUGGUCGCUCUCCUCGCCGCGCUGGUGUGCAACACGCUCAGCGGCCUGGCCCUGCUACGCGCCCGCUGGCGACGCCGCUCCCGAGGGCCUCCCCCGGCCUCGGGCCCCGACAGCCGGCGUCGCUGGGGGGCGCGCGGACCCCGCUCGGCCUCCGCCUCGUCCGCCUCAUCCAUCGCUUCAGCCUCCACAGCCUUUGGCGGCUCCCAGAGCCGCGGCUCGGCACGCAGAGCUCGCACCCACGACGUGGAGAUGGUGGGCCAGCUUGUCGGUAUCAUGGUGGUGUCGUGCAUCUGCUGGAGCCCAAUGCUGGUGUUGGUGGCGCUGGCCGUCGGGGGCUGGAGUUCUACCUCCCUGCAGCGGCCACUGUUCCUGGCCGUGCGCCUUGCCUCCUGGAACCAGAUCCUGGACCCUUGGGUGUACAUCCUGCUGCGCCAGGCCGUGCUGCGCCAACUGCUUCGCUUCCUGCCCCCGAGGGCCGGGGCCAAGGGCGGCCCCGCGGGGCUGGGCCUAACCCCGAGCGCCUGGGAGGCCAGCUCGCUGCGCAGCUCCCGGCACAGCGGCCUCAGCUACUUCUAAGCACAACCGGAGGCCCAACGAAGCCAGCCCACCCUGGGGCCGGGCCCAGGUGCGCGGCGAAGAGCCUUUGAGGAAUAAAAAGCCAUUCUACGAGCCC